UUCAUGAUCCUUGAGGUCCCUUCCAACCCUGGCCAUUCUGUGAUUCUGUGACUUCAGGUCUGAUUCCCACUCUGUGGGGAGAGCUCCUUAGGUACAAGGAAAAAGUCUUUUACAGUGAGGGUGGUGAGGCUCUGAAACAGGUCACCUAGUGUGCUGUGGUUGAUGCCCUGUCCCCGAAGGCUUUCAAGGCAAGUCUGGAUAAGACCCUGGGCAACCUGAUCCAGCUGUGGUGUCCCUGUUCAUUGCAGGGGAGUUGGACUUGAGGGCCUUCAGAGGUUUCUUCUAACUCUAAGGAUUUUAUGGUUCUAUGGGAAGUGAUGUGUCUUAAGAGAUGGCAGGUGGUCAUUCAUUUUUUCCAGUGCUGCUUCUUAAAUGAGUCAUCUGACUCUUAAAACACUGGAGUGCUACAGGAUAAAAAUAAACUAGAAAGUAUUUCUCUUAUUUGGUGACAGGGGGGUGUGAUGGUUGUUGUCAGAACAAUCUUUGCUUCAGCAGCAGUGCUGUGUUACUGCUUGGGGAGACGGAGGAGUUGCAACGACGUGAAGAAACACGGUGUCUAACAAGCAAGUGCAAACUCUUAACCCAUACCUUCAUUUGGUUCUUUUUUGCAACUGAGUGGUCCAGCAGAGGACGUCUGCUGACACAAAUGCUUCUGGUUCAGUCUGCAUCAUCAGUUACAUUAGGACAUUCAACAACGUAAAAGAGAUAUAUGAAAAUAGUACUGAAAAUGCAACUUAUAAGAAGAGACGUUCAGUUAAAGCACAUGAGGACGAGCCUAGAAACCCCUUCUGGCAGGAAAUGCCAAUGGGAUGACACUUUCUAGAGUUGAAUUGUGAAGCACCAUCAUUGGAAGAUGAUUAAUUCCCUCUGUCAAAAGCACUGAGUUACAUCUUGGGGAAAUGACCUAGACAUGUACCAACACCAGUUCCUGGAACUUCGUGAAAGACUAUUGUAUGCUGAAAAAGAAAAUAAGAAAAGAUCACGUGAGCUGAGCAGUGCCCUCAAGGAAAUAAAACAUAUAGUUGCAAAAAGAAUUAACUCGACGACCAAUCAUACAGAUGGUAUGCAAGUAUUAAAUGACACCAGAAAACUCCCCGUGCAUCUUACAAACCUGUACUACUACCUACCUCACCUCCGAGAAUAUGAAGAUGCCAUUUUUCCAAAUGUUGUUAUUGGACAACAGAGAACUGGAGUCUCACUGGUGAUGGGUGUUCCUACUGUGAAAAGGGAAAAACAAAGUUACCUGAUGAGCACGCUUCGUUCCCUAUUGCAUGGACUUUCUGAAAAGCAGAAGAAUGACUGUGUGAUCAUCAUCUUUGUAGCAGAGGUGAAUGCAGAAUAUGUUAACGGUGUUGCAGAAACUAUUAAAACCAGCUUCCCCAGAGAGGUGCAGUCUGGAGUCCUAGAGAUUAUUUCUCCUCCUGCUUCAUAUUAUCCAGAUCUUUCCAACGUGAAGAAAACAUUUGGGGAUUCGGAGGACAGAGUAAGGUGGAGAACGAAACAGAAUUUGGAUUAUAGCUUUUUAAUGCUGUAUGCUCAACCUAAGGGAACAUUUUAUUUACAGCUGGAGGAUGAUAUUGUAGCCAAACCUGAUUACAUUCAAAGCAUAGAAAACUUUGCUGCUGAACAGUCCCAAGAGUGGGUGGUUCUUGAGUUCUCCCAACUUGGAUUUAUUGGAAAAUUGUUUAAAUCAGAAGACUUGCCGUUUGUAGUCGAAUUUUUUCUGAUGUUCUAUAAAGAUAAGCCCAUAGACUGGCUUCUGGACCACCUGCUCUGGGUCAAAGUGUGCAAUCCAGAAAAGGAUGCAGCACACUGUGAAAAGGAAAAGGCAAAGUUACGUAUCCGUGCUAAGCCAUCUCUCUUCCAGCAUAUGGGAUUUCAUUCAUCGCUGUCUGGGAAGAUACAAAAUUUGAAAGAUAAAGACUUUGGCAGAAGUGUGCUACAUAAAGCACAUGAUAAUCCGCCUGCAAAACUGGCUACAAGUCUAAGAAUAUACCAGCAAUAUACCUUGGAAGAUGUUUAUGAAGGAAAAGGCUAUUUUUGGGCUUCAUCUCCAAUGGCUGGGGACUAUAUCAGCUUCACCUUUUUGAAGCCACUAAAAGUAGAAAAAUACCUUUUUAGAAGUGGAAAUAUGGAUUACCCUGGUGAUAUACUAUAUGACACUACUGUGGAAGUGUUGCCAGCUGAUGAAGCUGUAAGGAAAGUACUGGUUGGCAACAGAAGUAAAUUUAACUACACUGCAACCAAAGAUGGAUAUUUAAAGAUAGGGGCUUUUGAAAAUGGAGUUGCAGAAGGCAAUAUCGAUCCAUCAGUAGGAGAAAUACUGGCUAUUCGUUUAUUAGUCCAUUCUGAUUCCCCUGUAUGGGCAAUACUGAGUGAGGUACUUAUCAAGAUGUCUGAAAACUGAGAACUGGAAAAAGUAUACUGUUGACACGUUACUUGUCACAGGCUUGUUUUGAAGACUAAUCUAGCAGCCAAAAAAAACCUGAGAGGAUACAUAAAAAUCCAGACCCAAUACUGUGUAUUGGCAGCGUGGAGAUCAUUGUUAAAAACUUGUAAAAAUUAUUAAAUCCUUGUGUAACAAAUAUUAAAAGCUAUGCAAAACCUCAUUAUGUUAGAAACUUCCAUAAAGUGCUGUUAAGCUGUUCUGUACAAAAAUUGUCUCAGUUGGACAGCAUUACAUAUCACAGUAAGCAAUUGACAUUGCAGGCAUUACAGGCAAUCUCAGGGACAAAACAGGACAGUGUAUUUCUAGUUCACUAGAACUAAAUUUAUGAACAUUUGGGGGGAAUAUUAAGGACGUGGUUUGCAAGUGCAUUAAGAAUACUGGUCAGUUUUGAAGGGAAACUAGAACUGAAGGAAAAACUGUCAGUAUUUCAUGCAAGUACAACACUUCACCAGAGAAAGGAUUAACUUACCAAUAUGAAAGUGGGUCUCAAAUUUACCACGUUUUAGCCUUAAUGUAGCAAAAGGUAUGUUUAAUUUUAUUAUUUUUAAAUGGAAGUGGCUUAUUAGCUACCAUUUGAAUAACUUGAAAAUCAAAGAGGUAUUGUACAGAGGCUUGUACAACUUUUCUGUGAAUUGUGCAUUGAAUUAACUACAGGAAAUAAUUGGUGUAACACGUGUAACUAUAUUUUUGUAGGAAGAAUAUCUAUUUAAAUAAAAUUUUGUAUCCUGCCAUUUGA